CAAAAUAUAUUUUUGUUUUUGUGUGCUUAUGAUAAAACAGUCUGGUCAGCUCCUUUACCAUCCCAGACGCUGCUUCAUUCUGUUCAUGAUAAAACACGUUGUGACCUAAAAAUCAUUAAAUGCUUUUAUUUUUUUGAGUGGAAAAAAAAUAAUAAAGCAUGUAGUGACAAAAUGUCUGUUUUAAUUGUUUUACUUUCAAAAUGUCCUCCCGCUCACCCGUGAGAAAUGCCUCACAGGAGUCACAGCGUGCUGAUUGGACCCACCGCUGAGCCCCACUUACGGAGCACUUCGGAGCAUUGUGCUGAGAUCAGAGGCAGAUUCCGGGAGGUCACGCUGAGGGGAAAAGGCAGCGCGAGACUGAAGGUGGGGAAAAAAAUAAAUGUUCGCACGCGUAAUAAAAAAAAGGGCACGAAGAGGAGCUGUCUGUGGAGGUGAGGAGAGGAGGGACAGCGAGAAGCCUGAAUCUCUUUCCUCCCUUCUUUGUCUCGCUCUCUCUCCCCCUCUCUGUCCGUGGAUUUCACCACAUCAGGAUGUGCGUCUCACCGGGUGCUUCUCGCUUCGCCGCGCGCGCAGCUCCAGGUGCGUCAAGCCAGACCAGCGCGUAAAAGCGGACACGAGAAAUCUCUCCAUUUAGCAUAUUAACCCAAGAAGGACACCUGGGGUUGAAAAAGCUGGGUGACAUUUUUAGAAGAAAAAACUGACUUCUUUUGACCAACCUUUCGACAACUGAGCCACUCGAAGAAGAUGGAGACUUCGAAUGUGUUGCUUUGAGAAAUACCUUCUAAAACAAGCCCGGAGAGGAGGUGUGGCGCCAACGGGAGGUGUUUCCAUGUGUUUGCGGGGACAUGAAUGGACCACCGCGAAGAUGCGCUGACGAGCGGCCAAGACUAAACUCCGUGCGUCACACGUGACCGCCUCAGCAACUAAUUGUCGCCUUUAAGUAGCGCGACUUCCCAAAAAAACCCUGCGCUCUCGUGGAACUUGGCGUGUGGAGGGAGAGAGAGAGGUGCGCUCCAUGUUUCGUCCCGGACACGCCGGUACCGACGGUACCUGCGGGACCUAAGAGAGCAGGAGCUGGGGACUCUCCGAGGGGGGCGCCAGUGAUGCCUGACACGCUAGCGCUGAUAAAGAACCGGACAGAGCCACGGCUGGGGCAGCUGGAGCGCAGCCUGGCCCCGGAGGCGACCGCCCGCCCCGCCUGGGUCAUCGCUAUCUUGGCCAGUGUCCUGAUCUUCACCACGGUGGUGGAUGUGCUGGGGAACCUGCUGGUCAUCAUCUCGGUGUUCAGGAACCGCAAGCUGAGAAACGCAGGUAAUGUGUUCGUAGUGAGCCUGGCAUUUGCAGACCUUGUGGUAGCCUUCUACCCAUAUCCUCUGGUCCUCUAUGCUCUCUUCCAUGACGGUUGGGCACUUGGAAACACUCAGUGCAUGGUCAGUGGUUUCCUGAUGGGGCUGAGUGUUAUUGGGUCCAUUUUCAACAUCACUGGAAUUGCAGUGAACAGAUACUGCUAUAUCUGUCACUCAUUCUCUUACAGCCGGCUGUACAGUUAUCGCAACACUUUGUUCUUUGUUGCCUUAAUUUGGGUGCUUACUAUUGUGGCCAUUGUUCCAAAUUUUUUUGUUGGUUCACUACGUUAUGACCCAAGGGUCUACUCGUGCACCUUUGCCCAGAACGUCAGCAGUUCCUACACGGUGGCGGUWGUGGUGGUUCACUUUCUGGUACCCAUCGCGGUGGUCACCUUUUGUUAUCUUCGCAUUUGGGUUCUUGUUAUUCAGGUGCGGCGUAAAGUCAAGAGUGAUGACAGCCCUCGCAUCAGACCAAGUGACUUGCGAAAUUUCAUCACCAUGUUUGUAGUAUUUGUGCUGUUCGCCAUCUGCUGGGCCCCUCUGAACUUGAUAGGUUUGGCGGUGGCAAUAGAUCCGACUCGCGUGGCUCCUCGCAUCCCCGAGUGGCUCUUUGUCGUGAGCUACUUCAUGGCCUACUUCAACAGCUGUCUGAAUGCCGUCAUAUACGGUUUACUCAACAGGAAUUUCAGGAAUGAAUACAAACGCAUUGUCACCUCGGUCUGGGUGACGCGGCUCUUUGUGACGGAGACAUCGCGCGCCGCCACAGACGGCAGGAGCAUGAGGAGCAAGCAGUCGCCGCCUCCGCCGCUCAACAACAACGAGUCCAUCAGAGAUCGAGUAAACAAAGAAUGAAUCUUGGACUUUUGAGCUUGUCGAAUGGUAAUUCCUGUUUUGAUGUGAUAUCCAGACAGCUGUGCAGCUAAGGAGUAACAAGUGACAAAUGAAACUGGAAAACAUGGCUCUGUUUUCUACUAAAGAGCUGCAAUAUAAACACUUAUACGAUUUAUAUGUAAGCUUUUGAAAAUUUCUAAAAUGUUUCAUGGGUUAGCUCAACAACUUUUAAAGAGAAAAAAAUAUUUUUAUUCUUUUAAUAGGUUUUUGUUUUUGCAUUCCCAAAGCUAUGAGAAAACCAAGCUAUGCAUUGCAGUUUCAUGCUGUUAUUAUUACUCUAACAAUCUGAAUGGUACUUUAAGAUUUCAAUGAUAAUGUGMGAUCUUUUAAUGUCUGCUGCUGGAGACUUUGACAUUACUCACAAAAUGGGUWACCACUACUAGUAAAUACACACUUAGUAACUUCAAAAGCCUCAAAUAGUUAAACUCGCCUCACACAAAUGCCAUAGAUUARUGAAGGAGGAGAUCAUUAAGUCUGUUAUUCAUGUAUGAAAGAGUUUUACACAGUGGCAGUGGUGUGGUCAGAUUUACACAUUAAGCCUGAAUGCUGCAGUAGCAUAAACUUUAUACUGCCUAGUCUGACCUUCUUGCACUGAAAAGAACAAGUAACAAAAACUUAGUAAUAAUCACCAUUCAGGAUCAUAACUAUAAAUCAUAAGUUGAGUCAUAUCUAGCACCAAAUCGUGUCACAAGAUGWGAGUUUUCUGAAAGUUGUGUGUCUGUGAUGUAGCACAUAGGGGACCCCUACCUGCUGCAACCAUAGCUGCUGUUUCCACCAGUCUGCACUUUGUCUGUACUCUCCUAUAGUUUGUCRUGAUGGAACUUUGCUGCUGUGUUUUAAUAAGCAAAUUAUUCAUWAUCAAAGCAGCUUGGUUUAUUUACUCAAAUACAAGAUUUUACUAUACCUUCAAAUGUUUUUUAAUGUAGUUAUUUAGCAGUAUAGCUAUAUAAGGAGGACGGGCAGUGAUUUUUUUUUUUCAAUAUUUGACUAUACUGUCAGAAUAGGUGCAUGCCCUCUACCCUUCUGUUGAUCCUUUGGGCCUAUAUAAAAAAAAUGAAGUGAAUCCCAAAUUUUUGCACAGGUUACGUUCUUGGAGUAUCCGUGAAUCGUGAAAAAAACUUGUAUACUGGAUGCGGUCCAAAACAAGGGUCUGCARUGCUUUUUGGUGGCAUCAUAAUGCGAUAAGAAGCAAACAUAAAAACAUGAGAGUGAAAUCGUUAGCAGCUGCCCACCACACAGAAGGCAGAAAUGCUGCACUUCUGGCAGAGCAUGUGUCGCGUAACACACUGUACUGUUUUUAUUUAUUUAUUUAUUUAUUUUUAAUAUGGAAAUGAAUUUAUGCGAAAAUAGUUAAGGAUAUUGUUCUUAAGUUAGCUUGAAAACUCACAAAAAUGUGUGAAAGAGGAAAAAAUAAGUACAGUGCACGGUAUUUAAUGCAUUUCUGGUUUCCAUGAAAUUACAAGGAUUAGAGCAAACAACUAGUAGUUAGGUUCCAUGAAAACUGUGAAAUGUGACUUUUCAUGGCUUCACCAUAAAAACUCUUGGCUACCAAGAUUUGGAGCAGCACAUGUCUCUGUACUCAAAGUAUCUUGGUCUUUCAGCCGCAGAAGUUGGGAUGAGUAAAUCUUUCCAACCGUGUGGACAUGGUCACUUUUUAAGCAAAAACUGUAUUUUGCUGCAUUUUAACAUUUUCUUGUGCUGAGACUUGUGCUCGCUCAGUCCAAAGAUUAGAACAUGACAAAAGAGGCUCCACAUACAAAAAGUGGAAGUCUGUUCUGUGAUGUCAACUGUUGCUAAAAUUAAAAUGCAAUAACUAUUUGCAAUUUCCCUAAAUGUCCAAGUGCAACUGCUCGAGGGUUUUUCUUUAUGCGCAAAUUGCUAUGCAAUUCAAACCACUGCUUGUGUCACAGUACAAGACAUCUAACAAUGGUCGCAUCAGAAAAAAGAUAACUGAUCAUUGGAUGUUGAAGCAUAUUACAUGACAACAAAAGCAGGUCUGGAUUUUUUUUUCUGUUCUACUUGAUUAAAAAAAUARUCAUUGAAUCACUGAAGAAAUAAACUGUGUAAGUCAGAUCAGCAGACUGGGUUCCUCUGCGUCCUACAUCAUUCUGCAUACAAAGGUAUUUAAUGUGAUGAUACAUGUUUUUCAAUCUAAAAAAGUGCUUGAGUUUGUCUUUUUUUCAUUUUUUCUAGUAGUUCAUCUGAAGUUUUAUUUUAAAAAGACUGUAACAGGGAUGAAUUUUGAUGGUUUCACUGUGGAAUUAAAUCAAAGAUCGAACUAGCGGAAGACGUAAAGCAGUGGCAGUAUUAUAUUUUUAAAGAGUGACACACAUCGCCACUUUACUGAAGAGUGUUUUCAACAAUGUUUUUUUGUGGAGAAAUUACAGCUCAUAUCUGUAUUCCCAUCUCAGGGUGCCUACUGAACAUUUUGUUGUGAUAUACUGUAAACUUGUCCAGAACAUUUGCAGUUGAAUAGCUGCACAAAAAAGAAAAGAAAAGAAGAAAAAUGGAGUCUGAAGACCUGUCAAAGAGAUAUUUUGUAAAUUAGUGCCAAUGUGGUUUUUAACUGUGGUUAAUUGUUAUUGGAAAUGUAUUCAAAAUGUGUUUUUAUAUAUAUUUGAAGCUUAGUAACCCCAUGCAAUUAACUGACUAUUGUUGGAAAGUUCUCAGCUUCUCUUCUCAUUAAAUUUGUUACAUUUUGCAGAGUGCAUCUAAAACAAACUCCUGAACAUUUGGCACACUCAUUUGCGUUGAUGCAAAUGUAUUUGCUUGAAAAUAAUACUGGAUAAGCUCACCUUCAAAUCACAAAUUUGUAAAAGAAAUUGCAAAACCAACCAUGCAUGAAAUGUCCCGCUUUUGUGUUUAAUUUGCCAUUAAAAUUAAUUUAGCAGCAGCACUUUAGUGCGCACUCAAACAGGGUAGAAUCUAAUAAAAGCCAUAGGGUCAGGAAUGGUUACUGUAACAGAUGCAGAGCAAAAAAUAAAAAAAAUAAAAAUAAAAUAAAAUUGCAACAUGAAAUAUUCAUAGGGAAGGAUAGAUAUGAAACAACUGCAAGUCCAGGUGGGAUAUGUGGAUACAAUGACAUCUGUGGUGCAGAACGGUAGAUUUAGCUUGUUUGCUGGAAAGAUGAGGCUUACAGCUGAGACGGUGGAACUGACAAGAGAGUUCAGUGAGGUCAUCCGAAAAGCCAAAACGAUGACCUCGUGUAUCUAUAGGGGAAUGAGACAGCAAAACAAAGAAAAGAGGAAGAAAACAGGAUGUAAAUACUGUACAGUAAAACCUAAAAGUCAACAUCUGGAGAAUGUUUUAGAUGCACUUAAAAGGGAAGUAAGAGUUCAGUUUAAACCAAAGAAAUGUGUAAAGGUAAAGGGGGUCAGAUGUACAGUACAUACUUUGACAUGAUGAUGCAAGGGAGAUCUGAAAACCACCUUUGCUCUUUUAAUGUCUGUUUUUGGUUUUCUGUUUUAAAAAAAAUUGAAAUACUGCCUUAUAUUUAAGAGAAUAGUGUCAAAGUAAAAGAAAAAAAUAACAGGAAGUGCCAUCAUUUUUUUGUGAGCCCAUUCAGCAAACCUGGACUGCUUCGUUAAAUGUGUUCAGGACAAUUAUCUACUGAAGUUUUUCUCUGCAGUUUUGUGCAGAAGCUGUUAUGCAGACCUGARGAAGGAAAGGAGGUGCAAUUUGAUGAGAGAACGGAUAUCAUCACCAUUUUCCACCUAACUGCCCGAUAUCAGUGUAACUAUGUGCAUUUAUGUUUCCUAAAGUAUGCUCUUUGUCAGCUCUCUUACUUUGGAAGUUUCUCUCCAUAUCAUCAAWUAAAUUGCAAAGUGCACCCACUUUUUUUCCUUUCUUUUUACUCCAAUGUGAUUGAAAUGUUUCCUGUACAGUAAAGCACAAGCAAACAGCUUUAGUUUUCAAACUAAUGUUUCUGCUGCAGCUUAACCUGGACUUUACAUUCCAAUAAGGCAAAUAUUUAGCUCUCCGAAUCGUGUGGCRAGUUAUAGCAUUUGAGUGGUUGGCACUGUGCCGAGUGCCGGUAUCCCCAGCUUUAUAAAAGCAGAGACAUUGUGAUGUUUUGAAGCCAUGGUGGACUUUGUUUACAGCGAGUGAGGUGCUGCAGCAAGGCGAUUAUUGUGUCACAACUGAAGCUAUACUUGAGUGCUUGUGCUUUGCCUGUAAAAAAUAAAAAUAAAAAAUUAGUGAACCUGA